UUGCGCCCCAUGCCUUCCCCUCCUCUCCUGGACUUCCCAUCGUUUGUUCUCCGAUUUGUCGUUUUCUUAAUCCCAGAAUCGCAUCGGCUAUCUUCUUGGUUGCUCCGCUGCAGCGUGGAUUCAGGCAGACAACUUGCGAGUAUCUACUAUCACCUCCAUUCGCAUCACCCACGAAUCAUGACCCCUCGUUGCAACUUCAACCCUACUCUGGCGCUAAUUUGCCAUUCUCCGCUGAAGUAGUGCAAUUGUGAUCGGAGUAGACGAAGUUGGGCCGUCGCCUGGAGUCUCUGGUGCCAUAUUCCUCUUCAGCCCUGCUUCUCAUUAGUCUAAAUUUGGCCUCUUCCCGGCUGGUGAUCAGUUUUGUGAAUGAGACAAAUGGUUGCUCUAGUGUCCGAGUGAGAUUUUUUGAGAGGAAGCGAGAGGGUGGGAGAGCACGGUGGUGAGCAUGGAGGACAGCGAGAGCAAUGCAGGGGUCGAUAGUGGGAGCAAUGAGUUAGGGAAACCGUUGUUGAAUGAAGGAGCUGGGAGAUCGAGACCUGUCCAUAACCGACGGCAUAAUUUAAGGUCAAGGAGGGACGCUGUCUUGCCAAAUUCCGCAUAUGCUAUACUCUCUACUUUUGUAGUGGCCCUUGGACCUCUGUCUCUGGGUUUUGCGCUUGGUUUUACUUCCCCAACUCAAGCCGCAAUUACGAGGGAUUUGAAUUUUACGAUUGCUCAGUUCUCGACAUUUGGAUCCAUUCUAAAUGUGGGUUGUAUGUUUGGCGCAAUUGUUAGCGGUCGUUUAGCUGACUACUUUGGGCGGAAACUAGCAUUAUUAGUGGCUGUUGUCCCCGCGAUAGCAGGAUGGAUUCUGAUUGUGUUUGGCAAGGCUGCAACUCCUUUGAUUAUUGCAAGGACCCUUGUUGGUUUUGGAGCAGGAAUUAUCUCUUUCACUGUACCCAUGUAUAUAGGAGAGAUUUCACCAAAACAUUUGAGGGGAACACUAGGAACUAUGAAUCAGCUUGCCAUUACAAUCGGAAUCACUCUCUCAUACAUCUUUGGCAUGUAUCUCAACUGGCGUUCUCUUGCCUUACUUGGUGGCAUACCGGAGCUCGCGUUGAUCGUUGGACUGCUGUUUAUUCCUGAAAGUCCGCGCUGGUUGGCUAAAGUGGGGAAGAGAGAAGAGCUUUCUUCAUGUUUGCAAAGACUGAGGGGUAGAGAAUUCAGUAUCGCAAGCGAAAUUGCAGAAAUUCAGGCGGCUAUGGAAGCCUCAAAUGCUAUGCCCAGCGUUAAAUUGAGCGAUCUGAAGCAACGAAAACUCUUUCGACCACUUCUUGCUGGAGUGGGCUUGAUGGUUCUUCAACAAUUCUCUGGCAUCAAUGCGGUCAUGUUGUACUCAAGCUUUAUCUUUAGUACAGCUGGUGUCCAUAAUCCAGAUGUGGCUACUGUUGCUCUGGGAACCCUGCAGGUUAUUAUGACUCUUGCUGCUGCUGGACUGAUGGACAAAGCAGGACGACGUAUUUUACUCAUGGUUUCUGCAGGAGGCAUGGCUCUCAGCUGCUUCCUCGUGGGGUUUUCCUUCUACUUACGGGAUUUGCAACCAGACAUGUCAGAGGCAUUAGCCACUUUUGACGCUUAUUUAGCUCUUGUCAGCCUUCUGGUAUACAUCGCAGCAUUCUCGUUGGGAAUUGGAGCCAUUCCAUGGAUAAUAAUGUCUGAGAUUUUCCCCGGAUACGUGAAGGGAAUUGCUGGAAGUGUUGCAACUCUCGUGAACUGGUUCUGUUCGUAUGCCGUCACCAUGAUCUUUAACUACAUGCUUCUGUGGAGCUCAACAGGGUCGUUUUGGAUCUUUGCUGCCGAGUGUGUGGGAACGGUCGUGUUCGUUGCUCUGUUUGUACCGGAAACACGUGGCCGGACGCUGGAACAGAUCGAAGCUUCCUUCAAGUGAGAUCAAUCUGCCAGCAAAUUCGACUACAACAAAUAAUUCCCAAUUGCACCAGCAACGGCAACGUAGGACGAGCUUCGGAGGAGAAACACUUUUUGGCUCUGAUGAAUAGAUCUUCUAGUGUUAAGGUCCCACUGUGACCGCUAUUUCUGAUUUGUUCGAUUUCUCAUCGUCCAUCUCAUCCUGGGACUCGGCGAAACAAAUAUCCUCUGCUUAAGCUGUAUGAAAAUGAGCUUUGCUCAGGUGUGGAAACUGGUUGAAGGUCGUCGCGAAGCAUCUCAUUCAACUCCACUGAGGGAUUCUCAAUGCUCAUGCUGGCUCUGUUGAUGCAUCUGUUAGCCUUCUCUAGCUCUUGUUAGAGGCCUCUUCUUCUCAUGAGAACCCAAGUUGUCUUAUCUUCAUUCACAGAUCCUUUAGGACUUCGUUUUAGUACUAUACAUGUUCCUGUUUAUAAAUGAUGAUGAUCGGUAGCCAUGUGACUCUGCCAUAACACUUAAUUAAUGAGUAGCGUCACUUCCUCAGUAGCUUUAAUACAUGACCUGAAUUUGAUUAGUUCUCGACUGUUUUUGAUUUUGCAAAAUUGUAUUGAUGAACGGAUGGUACAACUUGAAAUGAA